CAUCCCUCCCUCCCUCCCCUCUCCCGGCUCCCUUUAUAUAACGCCUCCCCAGGCUUCGACUGCUUUUCAAUCUGUCUUUGUCUUUGGCUUGGGCUCCUCCACUCUCCAUCCGGCCUUUGCCCUUUCCUUCCUCAAUCUAGUUCCAGCAUUGGCUUGUCGCCUGUGAUGGGGGCCACUUCUCCUUCAGGCCUGGAGCUGACCAUGGCCGUCCCCGGCCUCAGCUCCUCCUCUGGCUCAGAGGGGUUCGUCGGAUGCAACAAUAGCAACAACGGUAACGGGAACAUGAGGGACCUGGACAUGAACCAGCCGGCGAGCGGCGGCGAAGAGGAGGAGUUCCUGAUGGGCAGCGUGGAGGAGGACGAGGAGGAGGUCAGGGGCGCUGGUGGGCCGCACCGGCCCAAGAAGCUCCGCCUCUCCAAGGAGCAGUCACGCCUCCUCGAGGAGAGCUUCCGCCUCAACCACACCCUCUCGCCGAAGCAAAAGGAGGCCUUGGCGAUCAAACUGAAGCUGCGGCCCAGGCAGGUGGAGGUCUGGUUCCAGAACCGCAGGGCCAGGACUAAGCUGAAGCACACGGAGAUGGAGUGCGAGUACCUGAAGCGCUGCUUCGGGUCGCUGACGGAGGAGAACCGCCGGCUGCAGCGUGAGGUGGAGGAGCUGAGGGCGAUGCGUAUGGCCCCGCCCACCGUGCUCUCUCCGCACACGCGGCAGCCGCUCCCGGCGUCCGCGCUCACCAUGUGCCCCCGCUGCGAGCGCAUCACCGCCGCCACGGGCCCGCGGACCGCCCGCCUGCCGUCGUCCUUCAACCCUCGCCGCCCCUCCGCGGCGUUUUAGGGUUGCUCGGGUUUUUAACGGAAACAGAUCGAUCGAGGCAGUCUUAAACGUAGGCUGAUAUCAAGUCUUGUGUAGAUUAGAGGAGGGAGAGCAUGGAAAAGUGUGAGGCCCGUGUGGGGUUUGGAACCUGCUCCCAUGGGCCAUGGCCCAUACCAUGGAUAAAAAGCUUGUAGUUCGAUGUUAGUUGCUUUGGUUAACUGGUCUUCUAAGAUUAUGUGUUAUCUUUGUCUUGUC